AUGGUCGAGUCCCCGCGCGGGUCCGACCCCAGCUCCCGCUCGCUUCCGCCAUCGCCGCCGCCGCCGAACGCCGUGCUCGCCGCGGUGGGGGUGGAGCCCCACCCCGAACCGCGGCCGACGUCCGCUUUCGGCGCGAACGAAGUUUACGAUGUCCUCGGAUCGGACGACGCGCUGAAGGCUGAGGUGGAGGCUGCGACAGCCGCGCUGCGGGCAGACCUCAAGGCUACGUCCGAUCGACUCGCCGAGCUCGAGACCGGCGCGGCUCUGCAGGAGCUCGACGGAAUGCAGGGCGAACUCGCGAAGACGAUCAGAGCAUGGCGCGAGGAGAUGUACGGUGGCACGAUGGAGGCUUUGUCCGAGCUCGAGGCGCUAAAGCUCGCAAUCGAGAAGGGAGGAUCGCUGGACGCCGACGUCGUUCGCAUGGUCGAGGAGCUCGCGGCGACGAAGCUCGAGGCGAACGAACUCGGGGCCGUUCACCCGCCGGAGUUGGCGGCGGCGCUGGCGAGCAUCGGGGACACGGACACGAUCGAGGGGGUGGAGUCGUGGAUCGAGGGGCUCGCCGCUCGCGUCGUCGACGCGCACGGGGCCGAGCCUCCGUCGCCGCUCCCUCCGGCGGAGAUGGACGUGGAAGACAUGGACGACGCGGAGAUCGACGCGAGGAUCGCCGCGAUGGAGCUGAGGCUGGAGGAGGCAAAGGCGAGCCGGGACGAGGCGCUGAGGCUCCGAGCGCGGGUGGAGCGAGAGGCGGCGGAGUUCGUGUCGACGCUGGCGGAGGAUGGCGCGGCCGGUCGUCCUGGUGGCGUCGUCGCGACGGACGUGGUGCGUAAGGUUCUGGAGGCGGUGGGCGGUGGCGCGGAACUGGACGAGCUUCGCGGGAUACUCGAGGAGGACGCCGGCGGCUAG